AUGGGCAAAAAGAGAAAUCAAUCUAAGGAUGAUGUGGGUUCAUCCUUGGCCGAUUUAAAUUUGAUCAGAAGAGCAAAAUAUUUGAAAGCGAAGGAAAUGCUGCAAGAUUUAGAGAAUGCAAAGAAACGAGAUGUUCCGAUUCAAUUUAUCACAUUGAUCAAACAAUAUGAUGAUGGAUCUGAUGAAGAGAUUUAUAUUGAUUUAGAUUGCAUGUUACAGAUUUUCAGUUAUUUGAAUCCUUCUGAAUUGUUGUUACAUGUUGGUCUUGUAUGCAAAUCGUGGUAUUUUCUUUCAAUACGAACGAACUUUUUGUGGCAAAAUUUGUAUUAUUCAGAAUUUGGUGAUGAAACUUCCCGACCUGUCUAUAAUGCUAUUAUUGAUGAGAAUGACGAUUCCGAAUUUGAUGGACAAUGGAAGAAAAUGUAUGCCUAUAGAGUUGACUUGAGAAAUAAGUGGUACAAUAAUCAUCCUGAUCGUAUAGGAUAUUUGGACAUUUUACAAUCUGAAUAUUCAAGAAACAAGAAUAAGAAUACUAAUAAGGGAGAGUUAUUUAAGAAGGAUGCGCAUUUAGCUUGCAUUUCAGAAGAAGAACUUGUCUCAGAAGAGACAAGUGACAGAAAACUCUACAGAAUUAACCCAGAAGACAGGGCUCAAAUUACCAAACUUUGUCUUGUCGGAAAUGACAGACUUUUGAGCGGUGACGCAAGAGGGGUGAUUAAAUUGUUCAAUCUUAGAUCUUAUCAACAGGUGAAGAAAUUCGUAGGAGCGCAUGACACCUCUAUUUCGAACAUUGUGUGUAUACUUCCAGAGCAACAAUUAUCAGAAACUCCAAGCCAAUUUAUGACACCAAGCAAAUUCAAACUCGAACCAAACUAUACCUACUUUUUAUCAACAGGCUUGCAAUCACAGGAAAUCAAUGUUUGGCACCUUGAGACUGGACUUCUCUUGAAAAAGCUCAGAGGAGAACAUGCUGUGGAAACAUGCUUUGGAGCGACAACCAAAAUGAGACAUCCUGUCGUUGGUAUGAAGGUUUCCAGGUUUUGUGGCCAACCUGUUUUGGUAGUAGUUUCACUUAAAACCAUCGAAAUCUAUGACCUUACCACCUUUGUGCUACUCAGAAUCAUAAAACCCUUUUACAAGCCGAAAGAAAAGGGUGCAGCACGAAAGAAGCUCAUAGAUGCAUUCAUUGAAAAAUUAAGAGGUGAAUACAAUAGUGAAGACGAGGAGGAACAAGAAGAUGAUGAAGUGGAUGACGACGCUAUGCAUGAUGCAGGCCAUGCUCCAGCAACUACCAUUAUCAAGUUCGAAAUUCUCGACGAUAAUACCAUUGCUAUUGUCUCUGGAGACCAAAUUAUUCGUGUGUAUAAUGUCAGUCUGUCUUUAUGUAUCAAAACGAUGGACAUGAAGAAGACCAAGGUAUUGGACGUUGAAAAUUACAAUCGACCAACUUCAUUGGAAAGUUUCAAAAAACUAUAUCGCAAGUUUGAGGUUCAUGAACAGAUUAUUGUAACUGGUAUUUACAAAACGAAUAUUGAUGGACAAUUUUGUGCUACCGUGGUUAUAGGCUCAAAUAAUGAUCCUUACAAUUAUGCUGCCUCUAAUGCCAAAACAUUUAUCAAGUAUUUUGACUACCGAUUUGGCAUUGAAAAUCCAGUAAGAAGUGUAAAAUUAGAUGUGAAAGAUAGUUAUGACUAUUAUGGAUAUAGACACAGUUACAAUUCAAACUAUUUCGAUGACGACAAGAUAAUUAUUAGCACCUAUUCAAGCAUUUGCAUUGCUGGCAGAAGAGACGGUAUUGUCAAACAAUCGAUUCAACAUCCAUUGAACCUCUCGUACAGUGUCUCUACUUAUUAUGCAGACGAACGCUUUUUGAUUAUGGGCACUUCGUUUGGAGGAAUAAUUGCAUUAGAUUUUGGUGGAAAUUUGCUUUAUUGGAGCAAUCUGAAAGGAAGAAGAUUGCUUGACGAGACUUCCACCACUGGAUCUGCUGCUUCUGCUACUAAUGACACAGAUGUUGAGCACACCACCUCAAUGGCUGAACACAUGGAUGAAUCUCAAGAUUAA